CGGCUGCGGUACGUGACGUCAGCAGGGUCUAGCGGAAGCGGAAGAACAGUUUGGUUUUCAUCCCGACCGGCUGUGGGAUUGGGUUGAGGAAGUAGGAAGAGGCCCAGAACUUUUUGAAAACAUAUAAGUAUAUUGUUUUCGCCCUUCUUCCGCGCAACGGAGGAGGUUUUUGCGGGGGCUUCAGCGGGUAACGUCUCAGUAGGGGGCCCUUUCAGCUUCCUUGGCCCAUUCUCUCUUCGCCCCCUCCCCGUCCGCCCCGCCCAUCAUGGCGGCUUCAUCUAACCUGCAGAAAGCAAUAGACCUUGCUAGCAAGGCGGCACAAGAAGAUAAAGCAGGGAACUUUGAGGAAGCCCUCCGUUUGUAUCAACAUGCUGUCCAAUAUUUCCUCCAUGUUGUCAAAUAUGAAGCACAGGGUGAUAAAGCAAAACAAAGCAUAAGAGCAAAGUGUACAGAGUAUCUGGACAGAGCAGAAAAGCUGAAGGAAUAUCUGAAAAAAAAAGAAAAAGCUCCCCUCAAACCAGUGAAAGAAUCUGGUCCAGCUGAUGAAAAAGGGAAUGAUAGUGAUGGGGAAGGCGAAUCAGAUGAUCCUGAGAAAAAGAAGCUGCAGAAUCAACUUCAAGGGGCCAUAGUCAUGGAGCGACCAAAUGUGAAAUGGAAUGAUGUUGCUGGCCUAGAAGGAGCAAAAGAAGCCCUUAAAGAAGCAGUAAUAUUGCCUAUUAAAUUUCCUCAUCUUUUCACAGGGAAGAGAACACCCUGGAGAGGGAUCCUUCUGUUUGGACCCCCAGGAACAGGGAAAUCCUACUUGGCAAAAGCUGUUGCAACAGAAGCUAACAAUUCUACGUUCUUCUCGGUAUCUUCUUCUGACCUUGUCUCAAAAUGGUUGGGGGAAAGUGAAAAGCUGGUGAAGAAUCUAUUCCAGCUUGCCAGAGAAAAUAAGCCUUCGAUUAUCUUCAUUGAUGAAAUUGAUUCUCUGUGUGGGUCCCGAAGUGAAAAUGAAAGUGAGGCAGCUCGACGGAUUAAGACCGAGUUUCUAGUUCAGAUGCAAGGAGUUGGAACAGACAACGAAGGGAUUUUGGUUCUGGGAGCUACAAACAUACCUUGGGUUCUAGAUUCUGCCAUCAGAAGAAGGUUUGAGAAGCGCAUUUACAUUCCCUUACCUGAGGAUCAUGCAAGAAGUGCAAUGUUUAAGCUUCACCUUGGCACUACACAAAACAGCUUGACUGAAUCAGAUUAUCGAGAGCUGGGAAAGCGAACUGAUGGCUACUCGGGUGCUGAUGUCAGUAUAAUAGUAAGAGAUGCCCUAAUGCAGCCUGUCAGGAAAGUUCAGUCGGCUACACACUUCAAAAAAGUGAAAGGACCAUCAUUAUCUGAUCCAAAUGUUCUAGUAGAUCUGUUCACCCCAUGCUCUCCAGGAGAACCCAGUGCCAUUGAAAUGACAUGGAUGGAUGUGCCAGGAGAUAAACUACAGGAGCCUGUUGUUUCCAUGGCUGAUAUGUUGAGGUCAUUAGCCAACACAAAACCCACUGUGAAUGAACAUGACCUGGAAAAACUAAAGAAGUUCACGGAAGACUUUGGACAGGAAGGCUAAUCCAAAGACCGUUGUGACGCUAAACUUCCUUUUUUUGGUAUUCCUGCCUCUCUAUUGCCAACAAAUGAAUCACUCCUUCCUUUAUUUCAAUAUGAACUGAAGAGCCAUUUGCGAGGACCGUUGAGAGCUUUUGUAUAUCACUUUCCAGAAAUAUCUAUUAAAUGUCUUCUUCUGAUACUAGGACCUUGGUGGCAAAGAAGAAGGAAAACACAUAAAUUUAUUGUAAAAAUUGGCAGCCCCUUCAGGUAUAAUUGCAGUUAUUUUAGUUUAGAUUUUAGGUAAUAUAUAUUAUUUCUAGUUUAUAAAUAUUUAUAAACUUCUAUAGGCCUAAAAGAAAACAACGUAAAGGGGGGGCGCGGAAGAUCUGUUUGGCUGCCAGGUGUUUUCAGGGUCAGUCAGUUUGCCUGCAAAAACAUUCUUCAUCUGGACUUAUGCAUCAGAAUUUGGUAGUAUGUGUGGCGAAUAGGAGUUAAAAAUACAACAAAGACAUUGGUUGGGAAGAGGAAAAGGAGGCCUUGUAUUUAAAUAUAGGCCAGCACUUACUGAGUACGACCCCCAACUAAUACUUGUUUUGUUUUCUGCUGUGUGCUAUUUAGACAUUGCCUUAAAAGCAAAAAAACAUUGUUUUUAAUAACUCACCAAUAGACACCUGUCACUGUGCAAUCUACCAGAGAAUAGACUUUAAAUGUAAAUAUUGUGGAAGGUUUUUCCCACUCUGGGUUCAUCCAGCUUUAUUCUUUGUAGGAAUUUAAACUUAAGUAUGGAACAUAUUCUGUUUGAUAAGAAUCCAUAGGCAAGCCUACAAACAGAAUUUUUGCCAGCCAUUUGAUAAGGGGAAGGGAAGGUGUCCAGGACUUUACCUUAUUUUCAAAGAAAUGUUGGGAUCAAGUACAGAUGGGCCUAGUGAAACAGUUCUGAGGUGCCAUACGGUCAACCUAGAAACAUCUAGCUUAUUCGUAAUAUAUAGCUAAUUAUUUUGGAAAUGGGCUGGCAUUCCUUUAAAAGGUAUAAGGGUAGCACAGGUGUUUUUUCAAAGGCCUUUGCUAAGAAUUAUGCAUCUUAGAGAAGUGCCUGAAUGUAAUUUACAACACUUCUGUUGCCCGAUUCAGAUAUCAUGCCAAACCUUACUUUAGUAUGACAAGGACAAGGUACAGCAGGCCUUGGGUUAGUGUGCUUCUUCUCUAAUGUGGCUCCAAGGAGGAGUUUGGAAGCCUCUGAUUCUAGUUUAGAUUAACUGCAGCUUGUCAAGUCUUCUAAACAUGCCAGAUUCUGGUUAAUAAGUGUUGACUGUUUGAAACAAUCCAUCCUUAGAUCAUUGUUUAAGCAAGCCAUGGUUGACAUUAAUAAUUUAGGGCUUGGCUACUAUACUAUACUAUACUAAACUGUGGUUAAUGGAAAUCAGAAGUGGAAGCUUCCAACCUCUCAGCCAUAACAAGUGAAGGGGAACAGGAAGUGUUAGAGCCCAGGACUUGCUGUGGCUUUUUAUGUCACACUAAACUGUGGUUUAGCCUGAUCAAUGCAGCCAGUGACAGCACUGAGUUUGUGCCUUUUAGGUUUGCCCUGGUUGUAGAUGAGCAAUCACUCUAUUACCAAUAUAAUACAUUGCAUUACUGUUAUAGAAGUGGACAUUAUAGAUGCUUUGUGCGUUACAAAUUUCCAUGUGAAGUACUGUAUGGUCACCUCAUAGGCUUUGUUUUUCUUUUUAUGUACAGAUUUUGUGUACUUUCUAAAAUCAUAGGACUGGUUGAAAUUUGUUCCUGAAUGAAGUAAAACAUUACAAUACAACACUAGUGUAUGUUUCGAGAGUUAUUUUCUCUUUGGGCAUCAAUUAUACUUUAAAUUGUCAAAAUAUUUGUUUAAUGAAGUUUUUCACAUAUUCUGCUCCAAAUGGCAGUUCAAAUGGCAGUUUGAGAUCUGGUAAAAGAAGAUUUAUUUGAGAACACAUCCUCAAAACUGCAUUUUACUACUGCAGUAUUUUGUUUUCAUUUAUGUUUUCAUUUUUCAGAGCACUUAGAAUUCUUUUCUGUCCUUCUCACCUGAUUUCUUACAACUUGCUUCUGGUGAAUGCUGCAUUAUAUCUGCUUUCAAAAAUGUACACCCUUGGAAAGAUUGAGGCUUGAUGCAACAUGUAGAGUUUCACGUUACAUAACUGUUAUGUGUGUUCUCUUAAACAUUUGGCACUUACAUCAUAGAAACUGUAGGUCACCGAUUAAAGCUAUUCUGUAACAGCUUAAAAUCCCAAAUGAAAUAAAGAAAUCUGAUAUUCUAA